GAGAGUCGCUCCCCCGCUAACUUGAAGCGAGAGUUGGAGGGAGAUUAGAGCCAAGCUCAGGACUAGCCAUGAAGGGGGCACUUGCGGAGCCCACAAGCUUCCGAGAAGAUGCUCCGCGUCCGCCGGUGCCGGGUCAAGAGGGCGAGGCCAAGUGCCGCAGAGUGCCGAGCAAAGUGACAGCGAUGCGAGUGAAGGAGACAGCCAAAGCGACACGGAGAGACGACGAGGGCCUGGGGGAGCCGGAGGGGAGCGCCUCACCGGACUCUCCGAUGACACGAUGGACCAAAUCCCUGCACACGCUGCUGGGCGACCAGGACGGCGCACGCCUCUUUCGGGUUUAUCUGGAACGGGAGCGCUGCGCUGACCUUCUGGACUUCUGGUUUGCGUGUAACGGAUUCCGGCAGAUGGACCUAAAGGACAGCAAGACGCUCAGAGUGGCCAGGGCCAUCUACAAACGUUAUGUUGAAAGCGAUGGGGUUGUGGCCCGCCGCCUCAAACCUGCCACUAAGACCUUUAUCCGGGACAAUGUCAAGCGGCAGCAGAUUGACUCUUGCAUGUUCGACCAGGCGCAGACUGAGAUCCAGACCAGCAUGGAGGACAAUGCUUACCAGACCUUCUUACAGUCUGAUAUUUACCUUGAAUACGUGCGCAGUGGUGGGGAGAACACGGCACACACGGGUCCCGAUGGAAUUGGGAGUCUAAAGCUUGUCUGUGGUUACCUGCCAACCCUGAACGAAGAGGAGGAAUGGAGUUGUAAUGACUUUAAGGCCAAAGCACUGGCUGUGGUCGGACUAUCAGCCAAAGCUGUCCGGUCAGCACCGUCACUGAGGACUGUGGAAGUGCUUGAGAAGGGCUACAGGUCUUACAGGCGCUCAGAUUCUGCUAAGCCGUACCAUGUGGCCUCCGGAUGCAGCUUCGCGCCCGUCACCAGCGCCAACGACAGCGAGAUUUCCAGCGACGCCCUGACAGACGAUUCCAUGUCUGUGACUGACAGCAGUGUUGAUGGCAUCCCUCCAUACAAACUGGGCAGCAAGAAGCAACUUCAAAGAGAGAUGCAUCGGAACAUGAGGAUGAACGGCCAGGUCCCUCUGCCUGCCUUUCCAAGGCCAAUGCGACCACCGAAGGACAUGGCACCAGUCAAGCCAGAAGUGUUCGCGGCUCAGCUCAUUGUUAAACUUGAACGGCUGAAGAGGGAGCAGGAGACUCUAAGCUCACUGGAGGAGAGACUGCAGCAGAUCCAGGAGGAAGAAGAACGGGAUGAGUCAGAGCCCCCUCCUUCCACGCAGCGCUGCUUGCGCGAGGACGACCCUCAAGCCAUCCUGGACGAUCACCUCUCGCGCGUGCUCAGGACUCCCGGUUGCCAGUCGCCCGGCGUGGCACGCCAUUCGCCCCGUUCUCACUCGCCAGAGUCAAAGCCUUCGACCAGGCCCGCAGCCGCCAACGUACCUGCUCACCCGCCCAGCCGAGCGUUCGUCUCCAAGCACGUUCAUCACCACUACAUCCACCACCAUUCUGUUCCCAAGAGCAAGGAGCAGAUAGAGGCGGAGGCAGCACGGCGGGUCCAGGGCAUGUGUCCGGCCGUGCCCGAUUGCUGCCCGUCGCCGUACACGCACAGCCGCAGCCUGGGUCGGGAACAUGGAACCAGCAUGGGAGCGGCGAGCCAAGGAUGUCCGAGCGCUCUUUCCAAACGUCUGUGCAAGUCAGGCGAGGAGGUCAACGCCGAGGGUGCAGACGUAUCCCUGCAGCUGCCCGCAGACAGCGCUGACUGCUCUCAAAACGUCUGGCAGUGGAUCCUCGAGAGCGAUCGCCAAACCAGGCACAAGCCCCACAGCACACAGAGCACCAGAAAGCUCUACGGCUCCGAGUCAGCGCGCAGCCACACCUGGGGCGGUGCUGGCAUUUCUGGGCACCUUCGCACACACCAGCCUGCCCAGCCAUUCAUCCAGGACCCAGCCAUGCCCCCUCUGCCCCCACCCAACACCCUGGCCCAGCUGGAGGAAGCAUGCCGUCGCUUGGAAGAGGUCUCCAAACCACCCAAACAAAGGCAUUCAACGCCAGGCCUUCAGAAAGACAAGAGCCAUGUAGUGCCUGUUCAGAGUGGAGCUGGGUCUCUGCAGGGCCCGGGGCCUCACACAGAAGACUUAAAGGAGCCAAAGAAGCCUCUUGGCAGCCAUGCCAACGAAACCGUGGUCACAUACUUCUUCUGCGGCGAGGAGAUCCCCUACCGGCGCAUGAUGAAGACCCACAGCCUGACUUUGGGCCACUUCAAAGAGCAGCUUCGCAAAAAAGGCAACUACAGGUACUACUUCAAGAAGGCCAGUGACGAGUUCGACUGUGGGGCUGUUUUCGAGGAAGUAUGGAACGACGGAUCAGCUCUUCCCAUGUAUGAGGGCAAAAUCCUGGGCAAAGUGGAACGAAUGGACUAACGGACAUUGCCCAGGUUGCAGUGCUCUGUACACAAACUUGAGGCCAAGAAAUGGACUUGUUUGCUUAAAUUUAUUUUCAAUUUAAAGAAAUAUUAAUAUAUCCACGAAGACUUUUUAGUCAUUUUGGCCUAUCGAGCUAUUGAAGGAAUACUAGCCAAUGAAGUACAGUAUACCAACUGGUGGAGGACUCCAGCCAAGCAGCCUGCCACCUCUGUCACCUGUCCUAGCAAUUGGAAUGGACACACUACGCUGCAAGUAUACCACUGUCUGAAGAUGCGGGUUGACUCUAUGUGGAAUUUUCUAUAUUUUUUCUACAUUUUCUUCUACUUGUGGAGGGACUACAUGGCACCAGAAGUGGUGCUUCCCACACCGUGGACUGCUGACCAAGAUUUAGUUGUGCUAAUUGUAGGUUUUUGGAAAGUCUGAGUUGGUGUGUGUUUGUGUGUGUGUUUGUGUGAGUGUGUAUGCAGAGGUGCUUAUAUGUGCACAUUAUAUUAUACUUUUGUCACUAGUAAAAAGACUAUUAAUAUUUAUUGAACUGUCAUUUCCCUUCUGCCCCAUGUCCAGCUAAUGGACAAGCUGCUUAGUUCGAUUGGGAGCUCUUUCCAAUGUAACACAUGCAUGGUCAUAGUUCUGUCUGGAGUCCCCUUCCCUCUUAAAUGAAUGGACUAUACCUGGAGUCUCUAAUGCUGUCAAACGAGGCCAUGACUUCCAUUCUGGACCCAGUCAGUGCUCACCCAGAGCCAUGUCACAUCUUGUAUUAUAGUGCCUUUGUGUUUUUGAGCCCAAAAAUUGCACACAAUGAAACUGCCUUGGCAUAAAGCCUUAAGCAUAAUUUUAAAAAAAACACACCCCUUCCUGAAAAAAAAACCAAAUUCAACUUGGUCAAAUUGUGGCUUUGUUAAAUCUGGACAAGCAGGUAGAGCUGCGUGUGCCAGUAUUGAAGUCCAGUAUGGAAGUCACGUGUUUUACAGAAGCACAGAGCUCCUAGACAGGGUGUAGUUAUGCAUUGGCAUCAGCAGAGGAUUACACACUUUCACCAGUGUUUUAGACUGCAGUACCUGUGCCUACAUGGAUACCAUGCCGUGUGCUGCCCUGCUUCAGGGUGUAUUAUUCCCUUGCUUUUCCAAAGGGGUUUAUGUUUUAAAGAUUUUUUAAUGCUUUGGAUAUCUUGUAAUCUAUUGUUUUCCAAGACUUAUUUCUGUUCCACUUAAAUGUAAAUUAUGCAUUAUAUAGAGCAUCAUUUUAAAGAUGACUUGGUACUUUAAUUAUUGUAAUUAUGAAGAGA